AUGUCCACCUCACCAUCAUUGUCUGGCAAGGACACAGGUCAUCUGGUUGACGCCGUCGCUAGCAAGAGAUGGAUCGUGGGCGGACGCUUCCGCGAAGAAUCAGAGAAUUUAGCGCCCUACACACCCUCCCUUGGCGAACCUCAAGAAGUCGACUUCGAUUUCCCUGCUACCGCACUAAUACCCCGAUACCUAGACAAGGCGAGGGAAGAGGAAGUGCUAGUGUUGACAUCUCUGGAAGACGACCCGGAGAACCCGUUUAACUGGCGGCCGGCGAAAAAGCACUUCAUCUCUGCCCUGCUCUGCCUCAUGACAUUGUUCAUUGGUCUUGCUACGACAGCCUAUAGCUCCGGAAUUACACGUAUGUGCAGGGACCUGGAAGUCUCGACGGAGCUGGGUCAGCUAGGCCUGUUCACGUUUAAUAUCAUAUGUGCUAUUGCGCCGAUGUUUUUGGCGCCCUUUUGCGAGUUGGUCGGGAGACGCGUUAUCUAUGUGGGUGCUUAUAUUCUGUUCUCUGUGAUGUUUAUUGGAUUAGCCCUGGGUAAAAAUAUUGCCACAAUCCUGGUGUGUCGGGCGCUCCUGGGUCUUUUUGGGUCCGUGGGGACGAUUUUGGUGGGGGGCACGUUCAGCGAUAUGUAUCUGCCUGAUGAGCGGGCUAUACCCAUGGCCAGUUUCUCAUAUAUCGCUAUCCUGGGUACUGUGGCAGCCCCCAUCUACGCAGGGAUCAUCGACGAGACCCUCGGGUGGAGAUGGAUUGAGGGGAUACAGGGGUUGGUGAAUAUCCCACUCGUCCUACUGGUCGCGAUCUUCCUCCGAGAAACGCGCGGCAGCGCUCUACUGGAGAAAAGAGCCAAACUACUCCGCGAGAACACCGGGGAUGCGCGGUACAGGUGCGAAAGUGAGCUCGAAGCGCCCAACCUCAAGCAGAGACUGCACGGUUCUUCCGUCAAAGCAGUCCGUAUGCUCGUGACCGAGCCCGUCGUCCUCGCCUUUGGAAUUUGGAUUGGCUUCGCCUGGUUCGUGACCUUCCUCUUCCUCUCUGACCGCGAACCUGUCCCUGAAUCCCGCCUGUACGGCGCCAUGUUUGGCGCCAUCUGGCUUCCCGUGGGCCUGUUCAUUUACAGCUUCACCCAAUACGGAUUUGUAAGCUGGGUCGGGCCAGCCAUCGCGCUGGCCCCAAUAGCGGUUGGCAUCUUCUUCAUUUUCGAGUCCACCUACAGCUAUACCUCUGAUUGCUACGGGGAGAAUUCUUCGUCCGCGAUCGCCGGACAGGGGUUAUUGAGAAACACGCUGGGCGCGGUGUCGCCACUAUUUGCGUCGCAGUUUUUCCAUAAUGUGGGGAGUCAGUAUGCAGGACUUGUUCUAGCGCUGGCAGCCUCGGCAUUGGCAUUGAUUCCAUUUGUUUUCUUCAAGAUGGGGAAGAAGAUUCGGGCGCGGUCGAAGCUAACGAAAGACACCAAUGGCAUGAUUCUUUUUGUAGUUGAGUGGCCAAUUACUGAGGUGUCGACUGGUUUAUGUUCUUUGUUUUUUGGGGAAAAAGCUCUAAGGUAA